UUAGUGCUAUGUCUACAUGCAUUUUGUUGGCUUUGCUUGGAGUUGGAUAUUAGUAUUUUAGUGAGGGGAAGUUAGGACUCAAGUGCAAAAUUCAACAUAUAAAAUGGAGAGGAGGGGAAGGAAUAGGAACCAUGUCAAGAUGGUGGAUUGGAAGACCUUGAUUUGCUUCAAGCAAUCCUUCGUCCUCCCAACUAAGUGGUUCCUUCUCAAGCUUACUUCACAUUCAAGGCACAAAUCCAAAGGAAAUGGGCAUGGAUUGGUGAGCUUGUACAAAGACAUGGAGUCCUGUGGGGAAUAUGAAGAUAUAAGAGUGAUGUGGGAGAUUAUUCACUCUUGUCAACAGAAUGCAAACAACACUAUAAGGAGGAGGAAGUGGUCGUCUUCUUAUUGGAGAUUGUGUCUUCAGCCACAUAAGUUUUGUCCUUCCUUUUCAAAAGACUUGGCGUUUGGUUAACCAGCCAUGAACCUUAGCUUUGAUUCUGCAGGAUGUCACAUGUAAAUACCAGUAAUUUGAAUGACCAUAGAUGAUAUAGUUGCUCUUGAUUUUUCAUUUUUAGCGUCUUUCGAGCGUCACACUUUGUAAUUUCAGAACAGCAAAACGAGAUUAUUUCGAAUAAAAGCAUAUAACAAGGUCCACUUAAUCACUACAGAACUUGGUUUAAUUUGUAUACAUAGCCAUAGACUCGUAGGAUAACUAGAACGUUUACACUGCUCAACUGAUCUUUAACUACAUAAGUUGGAGGCGAUGAAACCCUCGAACCAACGAUUUGCGAUGCGGUAAGUCUACUCUGACAUGUCAAAGGCGCCUAUCUGAGAUCAUA